AUGUUAGUGAUCAACGUGUCGUAUCUACUCAUAGCCACCGGGGUAGUGUACCUGGGGUUACUGGUAGUAGGCGGCGGGUCGGAGGCGCGGACGGAGUGGGACACGGGGAACAUCGACGCGGUGGAUCAGGACAUGUUUCGGCGAGCCAUGGAGCAGCCCACGCAGACGGAUCUCGCGGCCGUGCAGCCCAAGAUCGCGUUCCUCUUUCUCGUCAGAGGACCGCUUCCGCUCGAGCGAGUCUGGCAAAGAUUCUUCCAGGGCCACGAGGGGCGCUACUCCAUCUACAUCCACGCCUCCACCGCCGAUUACGAAUGCGACAAGCACGUCAACUCUUCCGUCUUUCGCGGCCGCCAAAUACCCAGCGUUCCUAUCACGUGGGGCGGUCCCAACCUCAUCCGCGCGGAGCGCCGGCUGCUCGCCGCGGCGCUUGCGGAUCCCGCCAACCAGCGCUUCGUUCUGCUGUCGGAGUCGUGUCUGCCGCUGUUCAACUUCACGCACGUCUUCGACUACCUCAUGGCGUCCGACAAGAGCUUCGUUACAAGCCAUGCGAGCGUGUGGCGGUACCGCAAGGAGAUGGCGCCGGUCAUCAAGGGCCAGGACUUUAAAAAGGGAUCGCAGUGGUUCGCGCUGACGCGAGCGCAUGCAGCCAAGGUGGUGGAGGACAGCAAGUUCUACGAGACCUUCGUCAAAACUAACGCUGAGAUUCCCGACGAGAGCUACAUUCAAACCAUCCUUGCUAUGCUGGACCGGAAGGCGGUGGAGCCGCGCAGUGUGCUGUACGUGCACUGGUUCACGUCCUCGUCCAGCCACCCCAUGAGCUACAGCACGAGUCAAGUCACCAGGGAAUUCAUCCUCUCCUUGCAAGUACGUCCCCACCCCUCCAUCUCUUCACCUGCCUGCCAGUCCUUGACGAGUCCUGUCUGUGCCUUUUGGUUCUGUCUUGACCGGUUCAACUGA